CAUCUUGGCGGCGGAGCGAUGAGCGGUUCGAACCCGAAGGCGGCGGCGGCGGCGGCUGCGGCGGGGCCGGGGCCCGGGGCUCUGGGGGGGACCAAGGACGAGAAGAAGAAGCCAGGCGGCGGCGUCCUGAACCGGCUCAAGGCCCGGCGCCAGCCGCCGUCCGCCGCCCACCACCACUCCGCGGACGGCGGCGGCAGCGGCAGCGGCUCCGGGAGGCCCGAGGCCAGGCGGGUCCCGCCGGUCACCGAGCAGGAGCUGCUGGCCCUGGAGACCAUCCGGCCCGAGCACGUCCUGCGCCUCAGCCGCGUCACGGAGAAUUAUCUUUGCAAACCUGAGGAUAACAUCUACAGUAUUGAUUUUACCCGAUUUAAAAUUCGUGAUCUGGAAACAGGGACGGUGCUCUUUGAGAUUGCCAAACCUUCUGCUUCAGACCAAGAGGAGGAGGAGGAGGAGGAAGGUGGAGAGGUAGACAUCAGCGCUGGACGUUUUGUUCGGUAUCAGUUCACGCCCGCAUUUCUCCGACUCCGAACGGUUGGGGCGACGGUGGAGUUCACUGUAGGAGACAAGCCAGUGUCCAACUUCCGAAUGAUUGAACGGCACUAUUUUCGGGAGCGUUUGCUGAAGAACUUUGACUUCGAUUUUGGCUUCUGUAUUCCCAGUAGCAGGAACACGUGUGAACAUAUCUAUGAGUUUCCUCAGCUCUCCGAGGAUGUCAUUCGCCUCAUGGUGGAGCACCCUUACGAGACUCGAUCCGACAGCUUCUACUUCGUGGACAACAAGCUGGUCAUGCACAACAAGGCUGACUACGCCUACAAUGGGGGGCAGUAGCCACGGGAAGGAGGGCAAGGUGCUGCGCCAGGUGUGCGGAGGGGACCAAUCCUCGGGUGACCAUGACCACAGCCCACAAGCCCGGUGGAGCAGCGAAGGGCCAGCAGCUUCCUCUCCACCACGGGAAACGCCGAGCAGGGCUGCUCUUUCCUUCCCCAGCUUCCUUUCCUCCCUUUCUUCUUGCUGUCCCUUAGAUCUCGAAGGUACUCUUGUCGAAUAACGGGUUAGGAUAAGGCCUUUUUAAGCCAGUUAAAGAAGAAAGUUUAUUUCCACUUGGUUUUAGCUGUGUCCACUUGUUUGUGCUUUUCAGCUGAGCCCUCUCCUAGAGAACUACAUUCAAGUGGGAGGCCUUUGGGGGGGCUUUUCAGACAGUUCUUGAGCAGAUGUCCCAUUGCUGUGGAAGCCUUCAGGUCGGGCCUCUGCCUCUGUUAUUCCUCCUCUCACAGUCUCAGUGCUUUGACUGGCAUAGUCUUUUCUGACUACUUGCCCUCAUACCAGUCCAAAGGUACUUGGGGUGGGAGGAACAGGAGAGCAGGUCAGGGCAGGGCUUUGGCCUAGGGAUGGGUGGGUCAUGAGGCCAGAUACUAGAGUCAAUUUCCUGGAGAACCCUGCUUUGUGUUUGGUUCCCAGGAGCCUUGGUUAGGCUUGGUGUCUUCUCCUGGAGUCAGAUUGAGGUCUCAGCCUCUCCAAAGGGAAAUUCCCAGGCAGGACUCCUCUCUUCAAACUGGCAGUGCCUUCCUGUCCUCAUUUUGGGGGAGCUUUAAACCCAUGGCCAAUUUGGCUUCUGCCGCCUUAUGUGCUCAUUUCAUCUCAUUAGAUAGAAUAUGUCGAUUUUCUUUGUGGGGUAAUAGUUUACUCUCAGGCUCGAGCAGCCUCUUGCUACCCAGUCUUUCCCCCACUGUAUUAUUUUGAAAACUUCUGAACUUCUCAAAGAGGUUUAUACUUUGACAAUGGUGUUUCCAGUUUAUCUGAUCUGAAUCUAGACUUAAAAUAGUAUUAAUCCAGGUUCCCGGAACCCAUUGUGGUCAUCAAGUGAGCUAUGCUUAGAUGCCAGCACCAUCUUAAAAGAAAGGGAUUUAGUCUAUAUAGUGUGGCUUGGAGCGUUGGAGGAGAAUGGACACUGACUGUCCAUAUGGAGUGACCUCUGAACUUAAGAAACUUCUCAACUUGAUUUUCCACUAAAAUUAAUGGAACCUUCCCUAGCUGUCAGACCAAAGUAAAGGUUAUGGCCCUUGUAAUUAUUGGACAGAGAGUAUGAGGUUUGCGGGGGAGGAUGGAACAGGUUAGAUUGGCCUCUCAGAUAUGGCCUUAACACAUCUCUCUGGGUACCCCUGUCUUCAGACUUUUGUCCAUUGAUCGGUUCCUCUCUUUAGCUGCAAGCAAUCAGAUGGUUGUUUGGGUAGUUUUAUGGUGCUCCACCAAACAUCAUGGAUUUUUACCAAGCAGGUUGUCACUGCUGGUCACCAUUAGCACUAGUCUGAAGCUGUCUGGUGGAAGUCCCCAGAGAAAGCCCCAAGAGCCACUAACACUGGGGCACAACAGUGCACCCUGAUACCGCUCAGAGGGUCUUCCUGGACAGGCAGGACUGCUAUUCUGCUUGGAUGUCCCUGCCUCUUUGCCAGAGCCCCUCCGGUCAUUAUGUGGUUACUGGGAUGGCUCCUAAACCCUGGGUGGUAGAGAUGGGUCAAGACUGUCUUUCCUGGGGCUGCCCAUGCCCAUUCCCUGUGCCUUGACUACAUUCCCUGCCCCAAAGGCUCCCUUGCCUGGAGGCUGGGCUUGAGAGCUGAGUGAGAAGGGGCCAUCCACCUGCUAUCAGAGACAGAUCCUGAGAUGAGAGCUGAGCAGAAAUCCUGGUGCCUUAACCUGUGGCUUUGCCCCAAUGCUGGCGGGGCAGCAUUCUGGCUGUGGUUUCUUCCCUUUUUUUCAUGGGCAGAUGUUACUUCUGCCUUAUGACCUUUGGUUUUCCAUUUUAGCUGUGCCCAUGGGCUGCAGACCCAGACUGGUCUCUUCUCCCAGCAGAGUGCUCACAGGAGUGAUCUUUGGGAGCUAUGCAUAUCACCACUUGGAACACCCUCUUUUAGCCAUACAGUUUGUCCCCAGGGCUCUGCACUCCAUCACAAUUGCUUGGAUAGAUGGGUCAGAACAGACUGGGUUUUGUUUUAGAAUGGACUUCUUUUCUCAUUGAUCUGUCCCUGUGCAGUGUUCACUUUUCCUCGGGAACAGGAGACUGGAGAGGACAGUGUUUGAGGCUGUGGGCUGGAUUGGCUGCCAUGUCCCCUGGAACUCCAUUGGACUUAUUAGAGACUCUGGGAACCCCGUAAGUGAAGUAGGAAGUUAUUCCUCAUUGAUAAGGAACCAGUGUUGUUGGUGUCCGCUUUCUGGCUUGUAUCCUUAGGUGGUCAAGAGAUGUAGGAAACUUGGCGACUGUGAGCUCUGACGUGAGGGUCAGUUUAGAAGCUAUAGCUGGAGUGAGAUGAGAUGAGGACAUCCCAGUUCUCUAUUAAGUAGUAAAGCCAGACACCAAGUUCCUAAGGUUUUGAGACUAGCACUUGGCCUCUCAGUGGUAAGAAUGGAAAAGCAGAGACCUUUGGGGGCGGGGCCCACCGCCUCUGAGGGCUAGUUCCUGAGAUACAUUGCAUUCCAGGAGACUGAGCUGGCAUCAUGUGGGUCUCUGUCCUUUCCCUCCUGUCCAUUGUAUUUCACCUUAGAGCAUUACACCAGCCAGUCCUUUACUACAGAGCCUAGGGCCUUCUCCAGAGAAGAUCCUCCUUGUUAAGUGAAACAUCUUGAAGGGUAAGUCGAGAACAGAUGAAGUUAGAUUGGGGCCAGAGUUGGGUGACUUGCCCUCACCUCAUAGCUUGAAGCUAGUGAUCUUUUGGGAAUAGUGCAGGGACACGUGCCUCCUGAGAGACACAGUCUCUCAGCCUUUGUUAUCAGAUGAUAGUGUUGGUGUUUUGGAACUUCUCAAGCAGCCCUUGGUUGGGUCCAGACAGUUUUCACUUGCUGAAGAACAUGUACAAGAGAUAGUACUUUUUGAUAUCAUAGCUGUGACCAGCACACCAGGGAGGUAGGUCACUUAGAAGCCUCAUAGGUGAUAUCCCCCUCUCUUUGGGGGUCAGCCCACCCAGGGAUUGGGGCAGAGUGCUCAGAAGGCAGUUCAGCAUGUGCUCUUGCACUGGUUACCAAUAUUCUCAAAUGCAGAAAUUACCUCCUGGGAAGUGUGAGCCCAGUGAGCCUGAGGCACUCCAUUGCUGCCAUCUCUGUCAUUCAUUUCUUUUGUACAAGAAGGAUCUGGUGGUUGGUGAAUUUUUCCCUUUUGUUUUCCAAAGGAUCAUGUAAAUUUAUUGAAGUUGUAAAAUUCUAUUUUUUCCAUGUAAAUCUAUUUUCACAGAAUGUAAGAAGCAUCAGUGACCUGGUCUAUACCUCUCCUUUUCUUCCCUGCUCUCUCCACUUGAGACCUUUAUUCCAUUGUAAUGUCUCUGUGUCCAAAGUGAACUAGGUGACUUAUUUGUAUAAAAUGUUAUUUUGUCACAAUCUAUAGGAAUAAAAGGGCAUUUUCACAGCA